AUGCUGAUCCAAGUCGUUGCCCACCGUUCGCAGUAUGUGAGUGUGUCGAUCCUGGUUCGAGCAACAGCCCCGCUGAUCCAAGUCGUUGCCCACCGUUCGCAGGCGGUGAGUGUGUCGAUCUUCGUUCGAGCAACAGCCACGCUGAUCCAAGUCGUUGCCCACCGUUCGCAGUAUGUGAGUGUGUCGAUCCUCGUUCGAGCAACAGCCACGCUGAUCCAAGUCGUUGCCCACCAUUCGCAGGAGGCGGUGAGUGUGUCGAUCCUCGUUCGAGCAACAGCCACGCUGAUCCAAGUCGUUGCCCACCGUUCGCAGAGAGAGGAGCUUCGAGACGAUCACCGUGUAGAGAUACGGUCUAGGUUACUCUCUGCGGCCUCCCACUCAUCACCCUCGGAGAAUAUCGUUCAGCUCAUUUCUGCUGUUGUCAUUAUCUUCGAACACUCUUUCUACAUUUUCGACAAGCGGCGCUAUCUUCAGGACAAGGAGUCUAAUCCCUCGUUUCGUGUCGCUCUCGAGCAGUACAUGGCAUCUCCGCAUGCAGCUGCUGUCAGGGAGGCUGCGAGUGCUGCCGUCUAUCCAUAUCAAGGAAAACCGCCUUCUUGGAUAACGAAGUUACCGUUUGAAUCUUUCAAGAGGAAGGCAAAAGAAAAAGAAUCUGCGAAGGCGGAGUUCAUCGAAGCUGUUCUUGAAAUCGCUCUAAAUCAUCGUCUGCCUAGACCUUAAUGUUGCGCAGUGCAACACGCCAUCAUGAUCAAUGAUGCUCCGGUUCGGAGAGGAGUGGAGGUGUCUGGGCUGUGAAGGUUGCUUGAAAUGUUUGUCGUGGUAGAUUCAGGAUGUGGAACUGUAUUUGUAUGAUCAUGCGAUAUAGCGCUUUGUGUGGUAUGGGGUAUACGUGUAUAGAGAAUCAUGUCAAUCACCC